CCCUUUCCUGCAAAUUUAUCUCUUAAAAGUGUCAUUAAGGCGGGACAGGACAGUGAUUAAAUUUGAUUAUCUGCUCCUUAAACCUUUGCUAAACCUCCAGAUUUAUGUAGAUAGAGGAGAACAUUCUGUACACUGUCUAGCGGGGAGAGAGAGAGAGAGAGAGAGAGAGAGAGAGUUGCCUCUGCGGAGACGAAACCCUGCAGUUUUGUCUACUUCGAUCCUCUCUUUCUUGGUUCAGUGUUUGUUUCCAGAUAACCUCUCUGUGAUAAACGGAAACAUGGCGGAUCUGUACGGAACCAAAGCUCGCUCUUCCUUCCUCGAGUCCGAGGACAUGUCUUCGCUUCUUCACAAUCUCCUCCAUCAUUCAUCUACUUCGCCACCGCCGCAGGCGGCUACAUCCGGCUCUGGAGCUAAUGUGUUUCAGCGCUCGCCGCUGUUCUCUUACUCGGAUCGCCUGUUCAGGGAGGGAACCUCCGCCGCUGGACCGUCUGCGAUGGUUGACUCUGCCGGCGGUUUCAAUUUCUCUGAUCCCGGCCGCGCUUUCGUUGCCGAUGCAGAGGAGUGUACGAGGAACGCGUUUUCUUCUGUUUGUGGUGUGGAUUCGGAUGGGAUCACAUCUAUGUUGAAGGGGAAGUUCCCAGCGGAGAACGAAGUUGAGGACUUCGGCUUUGAUUGCAAGAAGGGAACCGAAGUCUUAGAAUCUCCGUUAAAUCCAGCUCCACCGCGUUCAUCGAAGAGGAAUAGAGCAGCCGAGGUUCAUAACUUGUCCGAAAAGAGGAGGAGGAGCAGGAUCAAUGAGAAGAUGAAAGCAUUGCAGAAACUAAUUCCAAAUUCUAGUAAGACUGAUAAAGCUUCAAUGCUGGAUGAAGCCAUUGAAUAUCUGAAGCAGCUUCAACUACAAGUACAGAUGUUAUCAAUGAGAAAUGGAUUAACUCAUCCAUUUUGCUUGCUGGGAUCUGUACCUCCUACACAACUGCCCCAGCCAGGAGUAGGCUUCCAUGAUGGAAAUGACUUUUUAAAACCAAGGGAAGGAGAAGAUACAUUUCCUGGGAACCAAGAUAUCUCUUUGCAGGCUGCAUUUGAUCUUCCAAAUCAAAGCACCCCCUCAAAUCAGCCCAAUCUAAUGUGCCCAGCCACAAACAUUGCCAAUUCCGGAACAUCAUUUGGUUUGAAGCCAACGGUGCAGAAUUAUUACGAAUCUUUUAAUCACUUGACGUCUUGGAAGGAGAUCUGCAGGGAAGACCGAUUAUCACAUCUGCAUUUGGAUGUGAGUUGCUCUGGCAAAAAUUCAUCAUCUGGGGUGUCUUCUUAGUCAAGAUGUUUGUAAGAAAUGGAAUGUACGAAAACUGCCAAACCAUAGUAAGCAGACCAUGCUGUUUAAAAAUAACUGGAACUGCAAGCAGGCCUUAACAUUGUGUAACUCUUGUUAGAUCCUAAUUCUUGUUAGGUUAUUAAUGCUGAAAACAUGCUAAAACACCAGGGGAUUCUGUAACAUGCUGAAAACCUUUAACUUAUAUAUAAGCCUUACUGAACUUAUUUUGA